GCUAAAAGGAAAAAAAAAUUUAAAAAAUUCAAAAUCGAAACGCUUCCAUUUGCUUGGAAUUUUGUGAAGGGGCAGUAUUCAGCUUGCUGUGAAGUUGAUUGUGAUGUUUGUGUACGAAGUAUUCUGAGUUUUGUUGUGUUUUUACCCUUAUGGUGGCGAUGGAUUCAAUUGGGUCAUAUCGUUCACCUUCGAUCUGUAUGGUGAAUUCAUUGUAGUAGUAAAAGAUUGUGAAACUUCUUGGUUUACUGUUAUUUAAAUGGCGAACUCUAUCUCAGUAGAUGUAAUACUGGAAUACUUGCGGAAAAACAAAUUAACAAGGGCUGAGGCUGCUUUCCGGGGCGAACUGAAUGAUCACCCUGAUCUGAAUGGCGUUCUUCAGAAGCUUACUAUUGAGGACAAAGAGUUGAGUCAAUCAACAGAAGGAGCAAGUAGGGGCAAAGCAACGUCAGAGACUCCGGGGACAACUUUACAGAAUAGUGAGGAUGUUUACAAGGAGACAAGUUUGAGGAGCAGUGGGGAAAUAUCCAAGGAGCUUAUUAUUAAGGAGAUAGAGUGUGGCACCGGGAGAAAUGGCUCAGACUGCAACUGGAAAAAUGUCCAGGAGCAGAAGAAAGUCAAUGAAUCCGUUGGGACAAGUGACAAAAACUUCAGUUUUGCCAACAGUUCGGAGGAUACUAUUGAUCUGUAUUCGUGGAAAUACACUCCUGUUAAUGGUCCGGUUCGUUAUCAGCAUGACGGUGGAGCUACCAUUGACCUCUCCAGUUUGGUGCACUCUGUGAAGUCAAAGUUCAAUUCUUCUGAAGUCUUUGAUAGUGGUAAGGCUCAUGCAAAAUGUGAGGAAGAUGUCAGUUUUUCUGGUGAGAAGAGAACUUCUUGGCCUGGAAGUACUAGCAAAGACACUGUAGAGCCAAAGCACGACAGUGGUCGAAAUAUUGAGCUCAAGGAGGUUGAUCAGCAAAUUAAGCUAAGCGGGGCAUGCUCCAAAGAUGUAGUAAUUAAUCAUCCUUGGUCUAAAAGUGAUGAAUUUACACUCCCUUCGUCUGAACCUUGGAGAGACUGCACAGUUAAAACUGUUUUCUCGUUUCCCAAAGGAGAUGUCUCGACAAGUUAUGAUCAUGACAUUGGUAGUACUGACAGGAAAGAAGGAAAACGAAAAACAGAGGUUAGUGAUGUUAGGGCAGCAAUAAAAGAACAAGUGGAUGAGGUGGGAAGAGCUUUGUAUCUUGGGAAGACACAAGGAAGUGAACCAAAAGAAUUCAGCGGCCUAGGCUUUUCAUUUGUUUCUGACAGUCAGAAAGAAGGAUUCCCUAGGUUGCCACCUGUUAGAUUGAAGUCAGAAGAGAAGUCCUUCAGUAUUCCUUGGGAGGAAAAGUUUGAACGAGAUGGACCUGCCUCAAAGACUAAUAAUGCUGACAAUUCAUUUUUCAUUGGUUCAUUUCUUGAUGUUCCUAUCGGACAAGAUCUUACCAGUUCAGGUGGAAAAAGGCCUGCAGGAGGUAGUUGGCUCUCUGUAAGUCAAGGCAUUGCUGAGGACACUUCUGAUCUGGUUUCUGGUUUUGCAACAGUUGGUGAUGGACUAAGUGAAUCUAUUGAUUACCCCAACGAAUAUUGGGACUCCGAUGAGUAUGAUGACGAUGAUGAUGUUGGCUACACAAGACAACCUAUUGAAGAUGAGACAUGGUUUUUAGCUCAUGAAAUUGAUUACCCCAGUGAUAAUGAGAAGGGAACAGGGCAUGGGAGUGUUCCAGAUCCUCAAAGAGGGCAAAACCGAGAAGAAGAUGAUGAACAAUCUUUUGCAGAAGAGGAUUCCUGCUUCUCAGGUGAGCGAUAUUUCCAAUCAAAAAAUGUUGAUCCAGUUAGGCCUGCAGAUGAUCACAUAGGGCUGUCAGUGUCUGAAAUAUACAGGAGAACUGAUGAGAGUGACGUGAUUGCCCAAUAUGAUGGCCAGUUGAUGGAUGAAGAAGAACUAAAUUUGAUGCGUGCAGAGCCAGUUUGGCGCGGCUUUGUUACUCAAACAAAUGAACUUGUCAUGUUGGGGGAUGGUAAAGUCCUGAAUGAGUGUGGAAGGCCUCGGCCGGAUGAUAUUUGCAUGGAUGAUGACCAACACGGUUCAGUUCGGUCUAUUGGUGUGGGGAUUAACAGUGAUACUGCUGAUUUUGGAAGUGAAGUGCGUGAAAGUUUGGUUGGAGGGAGUAGUGAGGGGGACAUAGAGUACUUCCAUGAUCAUGAUACCAGUAUUGGUGGGUCCAGACACCUACCACCCAUUUCAGAUAAGCCUUAUUCAGAGAGAUCAAAGAGAGAAAAGAAAGCAGCUAAACAUAGUUCUGACAAGUUUGUUACUGGGGCUGACAAAGGAAGUUUUGUACAGAAAGUGAAUCACUUGGAUGGAGGAUUCUCAUUUCCCCCUCCUAGAGAUGGAGAGUUAGUUCAGACAAGCUCGAGUAAGUCUUUAUGGUCAAACAAGUGCAACACUGUUGUCAGUGAUGAAGCUGAUGAUUCUCUGAUGGCAAAUGAUGACAUGCUUGCUCCGUGGAGGCGCAAAAGCAGUGAGUCUUCACCUGUCAAGAGCUCAAGAGAUGAAAACAAUGCAAAUACCGCAGGAUCAGAAAAUUCUAGAGCUUCUUCUCUUUCAAACUAUGGCUAUGCUGAACGGGAGCAUGUGAAGAAAGAAGAGACAAAAAUAGCCAGUGCAAGAGAAGAAGAUGUAGGGGCGUCACUGGAGGAUGAGGAAGCAACAGCAGUACAGGAGCAAGUAAGGCAGAUCAAGGCACAGGAGGAGGAAUUCGAAACCUUUGAUCUAAAGAUUGUGCAUAGGAAAAACAGAACUGGCUUUGAGGAGGACAAGAAUUUCCAUGUUGUUUUAAAUUCAGUUUUAGCCGGGAGAUAUCAAGUUACUGAGUAUCUUGGAUCUGCUGCAUUUAGUAAAGCUAUCCAAGCUCACGAUCUUCACACUGGCAUGGAUGUUUGUGUAAAGAUCAUAAAGAACAAUAAAGAUUUCUUUGACCAGAGCCUUGAUGAAAUAAAGCUUCUCAAGUAUGUCAACAAGCAUGAUCCCGCUGACAAGUACCAUUUACUUCGGUUGUAUGAUUACUUCUAUUAUCGAGAGCAUUUGUUAAUUGUAUGUGAGCUCCUUAAGGCAAAUCUUUACGAGUUCCAUAAAUUUAAUAGAGAAUCUGGAGGAGAAGUCUACUUUACCAUGCCAAGACUGCAGUCAAUCACUAUUCAAUGCUUGGAGGCUCUUCAGUUUUUGCAUGGCCUUGGGCUUAUACAUUGUGACUUGAAACCUGAGAACAUAUUGGUGAAAAGCUACAGUAGAUGUGAAGUGAAGGUGAUUGAUCUAGGAAGCAGUUGUUUCGAAACCGAUCAUCUUUGUUCUUAUGUCCAAUCUAGAUCCUACCGCGCACCUGAAGUUAUUUUGGGACUACCAUAUGAUAAAAAGAUCGAUAUCUGGUCACUUGGCUGCAUCCUAGCAGAACUUUGCACGGGAAAUGUGCUUUUUCAAAACGACUCUCCUGCCACAUUACUCGCUAGGGUGAUUGGUAUUAUAGGUCCCAUUGACCAAGAUUUGCUUGUUAAAGGACGAGAUACUUACAAGUAUUUCACCAAAAAUCAUAUGCUGUAUGAACGAAAUCAGGAAACAAACAGAUUGGAAUGCUUGAUACCCAAAAAGACAUCCUUGAGACAUCGUUUACCAAUGGGGGAUCAAGGAUUUAUAGACUUUGUGGCUCAUCUUCUUGAAGUAAACCCAAAGAAGCGUCCAUCUGCCCUGGAGGCUUUAAAGCAUCCAUGGCUGUCAUAUCCAUAUGAACCAAUAUCAUCUUGAGUUGUAUGAGCAUUCUUUGGCAUUUUAACUUACUGAAGUUGUGCAAUUGCUCCAAUUUGGAUGCUCCAGUGAUGAGAUAGGAAGGAUAUCUCCAAGGUGGUCUGCAUUUCCUUCCAAAUCACUGAGCUGUAUUUCUAUUUUAACCCAACUGAGAAUGUAGUCUUUGCAAAUGUUAUGUAACAUUAGGGUUUUCUGUCUUGUUUGAUGGAAGGGGAUGCAUGUUGUUUGUACAUGAUGUGUGUUGAUUCUUUUAGGUGUUUAGUGAUAGCUUGUGAAAUAGCUGUUUAUCCAAUUUUGGUUGCCUUUUCCCUCAUUUGCAGCAAUGUAUCAAAUGAAGGAAUAUCAGAAACAUAUAUUUUCACGUCUGACAUUUUCAUCGAUGGUCAUAAUGCAAAAUUCCACUUGAU